UUGGCAUUUCGAUUUUCUUAAGAAACCAAAAUGGCGUGCAUCAAGCAAAUUCGACGCAAAGCGUUAUUUCACUUUUAAAUUGAAAAUAUUGCUUUUAUUUAUAUGUGAUGUGUUAAAAACUUGUAACCAACAUGGAGUUUGACGAAAUUGUGGUAAAAGAGACCCCAGGGUUGUGCCGGUGCUGCCUGUCCGAGGGGUGUUACAAGGAUUUGAGCACCGAAUACACUUGGAUGGAAGAACAAGAAAUUUAUGCCGAUAUGCUAUUGGAAUGCUUUGAUAUUAGUAUAUCCCAACACAUGGAAGGCCCCAACGGCCCAAACCGACUGAUCUGCGAAGUAUGCAUCACACGGCUACGUGAUGCUUGUAACUUCAAGAAGCAAGUACUGGAGUCGGAGAAGAAGUUUGUUGACAUGGUGGGGAGGGGGGAGUUCAAGGCUAGAGCGAUAGCAUACACAGAGCCUAUGAAGUCAGAAAUCAUCUUAGAACUGCAACCAGUUGAUGAAACAGAAGUAGAAUACUUGGACGAUGACAUGGAUUACGAUGAUGGAAACAAAGACGACCCAGAACCCACGGUUUCAGAAGACUUAACAGUAACAGCAUUACCCGUUAAGGGCAAACGGGGGCGACCCAAAAAGACCAUAGUCAAACCGGAGAAGAAGAAACCCAAAACUGAGGAGAAACCCAAAACCAAGAUCGCUAAAGAUGUACAAUGUAACAGACCAGCCGAGAAAUGUAGCGCCAAUAAGCUAAGGAGAUCAAAUCUUCAGAUACUGUUCAACAAUACAUCCAUAAUUCCAUUUAAAUGGCGCGGAAAAUACGUAUGCUUUUACUGUGGAGAAGAUGUUAAAGAAUACGAUGUAUUGAGGCAACAUACCAGAGACCAUGGCCCAUGUUUUGCUGACAAUCGUGCUCUUAGACUAGUAAAAGCAGCAGAUGCUGAAGUCAAAAUUGAUGUAUCAGAAAUAAAUUGCAAUCUAUGCUUUGUAGAUUUACCCAAUUUCGACGAUACAAUUGAUCAUUUGAUGAUAAAACACAACCUAGCAUACAACAAAGAUGUUAAGUUACCAAUAGCACCGUAUAGAUUGUCGGAUUUAAAUUGUCUUUUGUGUGAUCAGAAAUUUAACUACCUAAGCAAAUUAGUUUCGCAUGUAAAUAUGGAUCAUCCAAAUGAGUGUCUUGUCUGCAUUGAAUGUAAACAGAAGUUCAAUAAGAAGAGAGACCUCGAUGCCCAUGUUCGAACUAAACACAGAAAUAUCUAUACGUGUAGGAAGUGUUCAAUAUCUUUUUCUACAAACUCUGAACUUUUGAGCCACAAAAGCAAUUCUCAUCCUUUUCUUUGCAACAUUUGCUUCAAACCUUUUAUGUCACUCACAAAACGUUUACAACAUAUAAAAACAAGUCAUACAGAUGCGGUUCUCAAAUGUGGUUUUUGUUCAAAAUCUUGUAACUCGAAAGCUUUUCUGGAACAUUCUGCCAAAUGCAACGUUGGUUUCAAAGGUUCAAACGAAAUAGUUGUACCUGACGAUGAUAAAAAGCCAUCUGUGAAACAAAUUAGGAAUAACAUAGCGUGUAUUUUGAACAUGUCAACAGUUGUACCGUUCAAGUAUUAUAUGUGUAGGUUUAGAUGUUUCUACUGCCCCAAAGACUUCAACGAAUGCGACGAUCUUAAACAGCACACUGUAAUCGAGCACCCUCUUUGCGACACUAAACUGAAAUCCAUGAAACUUCGCAACAGGCAUGAGGGUGGCAUCAAAGUGGAUAUAUCAUCGCUAUCAUGUAAAAUAUGCUUUGAAAAUUUACAAGACUUGGACACUUUGGUAGAUCACCUGAUUUGUGAACAUAGAAUAAAUUAUGACAAGUCUGUAUCAAUCAAUCUGCUACCAUACAAACUAGCUAAAGAUAAUUUUGCGUGUCCAUAUUGCGGGGAAGUUUAUAGGUAUUUCAGGACAUUGUUAAAUCACGUAGGCAAGAGGCACACGGAUAAUAAAAACAUAUGCGUUCACUGCGGUUUAGCGUUUAGGAAUUUGCCUAAUUUGAGAGCGCAUAUUGCUCGUCGUCACAAAGUUGCUAACUUCAAAUGUGACUUGUGUGAUUUGCAAUUUACAUCCAAUAACUAUUUGCAAACUCACUUAGGUCGCAUUCAUGGGAAUAAAAUUGUACAAUGUUCCGAAUGUAGAGAGAAGUUCACUUCGGUGUACGAGAUGCAGAGGCAUAAAAUCGACGCGCACAGUACAGGACAUAAAUGCACGUAUUGCCACAAACUGUUUACGAGAAACUCGUUCAUGGUCAAUCAUAUACGACGGACGCAUUUGAAAGAGAAGAAUGUCCAGUGCUCGGUUUGCCAAGAAAAAUUCUUCGACGCCCAACACUUGAAAGCGCACAUGGUCAAACAUUAUGGAGAACGGAAUUUCCACUGUGAUGUGUGUGGGAAAAACGAGAAAAAUUUCUUUACAGAUGAAGGCCCGUACGAGUACUGCACAUCUGUGCGGAGACGGAAAAAUUUGCAAACUCUGUUCAACAACACCACGAUAUUGCCUUUCAAAUGGCGCUCAAAGUACCAGUGCUUUUAUUGCGGCAUGACUUACUCCGAAUACCCUGAGUUUAGGAAACAUACGAAAUCCCACGGUCUGUGCAGCACGAGCGAUAACUCUUUAAAACGCAUCAAGGGAAAUCAUAUAGAGUUAAAAAUCGAUAUAUCGAAAAUCGACUGCGAAGUUUGUUACGAACCGUUCACAAAUUUCGACGAAAUAAUCGACCAUUUGAUAGGCAAACACGGUUUGGAAUACGAUAAAACUGUAGACACACCAUUCCAGGAAUACAGACUGGCCGACGGCAGAUGCAAUUUAUGCGAUCAACAAUUCACAUAUUUCGGGAAUCUAAUAACGCACACUAACAUUGCACACCCGAAAAAUAACUUCAUUUGCGACAAUUGUGGGUUAAAAUUCAACAAGAAGAGAGACUUGGCUGCUCAUUUAAGGAAUUACCAUAGAGACGGAGGGUAUCGUUGCGAGGAGUGCUCAGAGGUCUUCCCUACCAGUUCGCUUUUGACUGGACAUAAAAAUAAUUUCCAUUUUCGAAGAUGCAAACUAUGUAACGCUCGCUUUCCGUCCUAUACGUUAUUACAGAAGCAUAAAGAACGCGACCACCCAGACGAUAGCAGUCAAAACCCCUGCCCCUACUGUCCAAAACAAUGCAAAAGUACAGCAAGCUUGAAACAACAUCUCAGAAACUGCAAGAUGAAAAAUGUUAAAGCCACCAUUCCGGCGUUCCCAGAAGAAACCGUGCAACCGAAGAAGAAAAGGGACAUAAUGCAGAUCAGAAAGAACAUACAAUGCAUUUUGAAUAUGUCGACGGCUAUACCCUUUCGAUUUUUCUCGAGAUUCUCCUGCUUCCAUUGCUCGAAGAACUUCGUUGAAUUCGACGAACUAAAAUCCCAUGUGGUGGCAGAACACCCUGUUUGCGAUUUGAAAGAUAAAAGCAUGAAGAAAUGCAAAGGGGAAAGAAUAACCGUCAAAAUUGACAUUUCCACGUUAUCCUGCAAAGUUUGCUACGAGCGUUUAGAUAAUUUGGAUGAUUUAAUAGAUCAUUUGAUUACCAAACACAACGCGUCGUACGACAAAUCUAUAACGGAGUGUUUUGAUGCGUUCAAAAUAAUCAAAGACAACAUACCUUGCAACAUAUGCUCGGACGUUUUCCGAUACUUCAGCAGUCUUUUGCGACAUAUAAACUCUGAGCAUAGCAACAAUAAUAAGAUAUGCGAUUACUGUGGACGCAGUUUUAAAAACGUUGCUAAUUUGAACGUGCAUAUUACCUACGCACAUACGGGAGCUUGCGAAUGUGAAGUUUGCGGUGCGAAGUAUAAAAACCAGUGGUGUUUAGGACGGCAUAAAGCAAAGAGUCACAACGCUAAAGAUUUCCAAUGCACUAAAUGCGAUGAGCGUUUCCAAUCUCAGUACCACAAACAAAAACACAUGAUCAAAGCGCACGAAAUUGGACACAAGUGUACGUAUUGUGGAAAAAUGUUCACAAGGAACUCCUUCAUGAAAGACCAUAUAAGACGGACUCAUUUGAAGGAAAAAAAUGUUCCAUGUUCCGUUUGCAAUGAAAAAUUCUUCGAUAAUUAUCUGCUAAGGCUGCAUAUGGUUAAGCAUAAAGGCGAGAGGAAUUUUAGCUGUGAAGUCUGUGGGAAGGCUUUCCUGAGACGGAGUGCGAAAUUAUACACUAAGGAGGACAAAUGUAAGAAAACAGAGAUGGUACGUAAACUGUUAGUGAAACGACGAAACGUUGAGUACGUCUUGGAAUACAGUAAUGUAACCCCCUUCAUGUGGUACAAGGGGAAGUAUAGGUGCUUCUAUUGCGCGGAGCCUAUGAAAGACCCCGUCACUUUGAGGGAGCAUACGACCUUGAUGCACCAAAACUCCAAUCUGGAGCUGGUCGUUUUUGACAGAACGAAAAACAACAGGAACAGAGACGCGGCUGUCAAAAUCGACGUGACAGACAUAUGCUGUAAACUUUGCCCUCAAGCUGUAAACAGCUUAGAACAGCUAAUCAACCAUUUGAUAAUAGCUCACGACGCUGAAUACGACGUCAGCGUUCCGAACUGUCUGCUCCCCUUCAAACUCAAUAAAGACCAACCCUCUUGCCCCAUUUGCAAUAUAAAUUUCGUUUUCUUCGAGUACCUUCUACGUCAUGCGAAUAAACACCAUUUGGCUCAUGAUUACAUAUGUGACGUGUGUGGCACCAGUUUCCAGGGCGAGAAUCAUUUGAAAAUGCACAACAGAUACUAUCAUAGGGAAGGGGGUUAUACCUGUGAUCAUUGUGGCAUUAAUUUGGCCACGCUAUCCAAGAAAACGCUGCACGAAAAGAAUGUUCACAUGAUGAAUUUAUCCACGUGUCCUCAUUGCCCGGAAACUUUUAAAAGCCCGUAUUUCAAAAAGCUUCAUUUGGCAAACGUGCAUGGAGUUGAGGAGUUAAAAAUCAAAUGCCCGUAUUGCCCUAAAGUUUACCCACAAGAGAGUAUCAUGUCUCGUCAUAUGAGAAGGGUGCAUUUGAGAGAGAAGAAUGUGGAAUGCCAGAUUUGUGGCGACAAAUUCUUCAGCCCGUACGAUGUUAAACUACACAUGUUGAAACAUAAUGGGGAUAAGAAAUUCGUUUGCUCCGUUUGUGGAAAAAAGUUCUCGAAGAAAAGCAAUUUGAAUUCUCAUUCCUUGACUCAUACGGGACAGAAGAAGUAUAUUUGCACGGUUUGUGGGAAGGAGUUCGCUCAUCGGCCAAAUCUGAGGAUACAUUUCAAAUCUUGUCAUCCUCAAUAUGUCACUGAGCGAGUUGUUAGUGUUCUUGACGAUAUAGAUGAUGGGGAGUUGGUAGAAAUAACUAAAUUAGAAUUGGACAGGGAACUUGAACCGGCAGAGGAAACUGUUUAAAUAGGUACUAGUAGAAUUUGGCAAAG